GCUCGUGUGUGCGUGUUUCUAUAUGCAUGCGUAAAUAUAUAACAUAUAUGUAUAUAUAAUAUGUGAUUUUGUUUACAUAUAUGUAUGUAUACAUUUGAACAAUGUGGUAAAUAUGGACAUAUGACAUUUGUAUGUAUUUAUUCGUUUAUUAUUAUGGCUAAUGAUGUAAAAGUGGGAUUUUAAAUUUAAAGCUUUUUAUCUCUGUCAAAGUUGUGUGAAAAGUUUAUUUAUUUUUUAUGAAAAAAGAAAUAAAAGAUGAGAGAGAUGGAGAAAGUGAAAAGAAGAUGACAGAGUGAUGCUAAUUCUUCAGUCUAGCCUAACCUGGACGAUAAAUUAUUUAAGUAUUUUUAUACUGCUUUAAAUUCUCAACGUGACAAUUCAUGUCGUGCAUGACAAUUUAUAGUUUUUAUUUUUAAAUCGACAGUGCAUUUGUUUACUUUGUUUUUUAUUUUUAUAAAUUGUUUUUAUUCUUUUUGAGGUUAAUUUGUGUUAUUGUUAAUUUGAAAUUCUAAUAAUUGUUUAAUUAAAUAUAUAUUGUGAUAUUUAAAUGAGGUUAUAUUUUUAAUUGUCAAAAUAAUGUGAUAAAAGUAUUAUAUAUUAAUAAUAUAUUUGAAUAACAAUCAACUUUUUAAAUUGAAGAAAUAUUUAAUUUGAAAAAAAAAAAUGGAGUUAUUUUUGAAAAUGUCAAGUCUCAAGUUUGAAUUUAUAAUUUAAAUAUAAAUAGUUGAUAAUAAAUAUGGAAAUAAAUCCACUGAGUAUUAUUUUGGUAAAAAGAGAUAGUAAAGGUGACAGAAUGUUAUUCCGAUAUCCGAAUAUGGAUAAUCAUAAAAGAGAUUCGAAUCAAUGUACAAAAAGAAAAAAUCCUUAUUCAUUAAUAAUCGCUGAGGAUUCAUUGCAGUCAUUACCAUGUCCAACAUCAAACAUAACAAAUGGAAAUUUAUCUGGAUUAUCUGAUGAAGUAUUGUCAACAUUAUUCGCCGUUAAACCCGAGCUUUGUGAAAUGAAAUUUGAAUUAAAGUUGAAUAAUGUACGUUUCGUUGGUCAUCCGACAUUAAUACCAUCAUCUAGAGGAAAAGAAGUUAAUUCAUCAAUGCUAUUUAAUGUUGUAUUUGCGUUACAAGCCCAAGCCAAUCAGUCUGUCGUCAAGUGUUACCACGACUUGAGCAAAAGAUUAGGUAUAACACUAAGACAUGAAGAAAAAAGAUGUGGAUUUUUAACUGAAGAAAUAAAAGUGAUGGUAUCAACUCUUGAUGAAGUAGCAACAAGAUCUGAAGAGGAAAGUGAAGGUGAAGAAUCGCCAUAUGAAUUAAUACUAAAAAAAAGUUCACUUGCUAAAGAUUUAAAAUCAGCAUUCGAUAGUCUUUGUAACACAGGUAUUGUCAAUUUAAUGAUCAAUAAAUGGACACUAGUUAAUUUUUGUCUACCUCAAAAAGUACAUCAGCUACACAAAAAAGGAUUUAUCAUGAACCCUGAAAUGAUUGAUAGAUGUUUAAAUAGUUUAAGACCGUACCACGGCCUACUUUUGUUAAUUGAGCCAGUGGAUUUAUUAGAAUCACUACCAACAGAUGCAUCCCCUGCAUUGAAACGUAUGAUUCAAAUGUACAAUCCGUUAAAAAGUCUUCAAACUUUGGCUGCUGAUACUGAUUUAUCAUUAGCCCAGAUUUUUCAAUUAACUGGUCAUCUUGUUUACUGGGCCAAAGCGACUGUCAUUUACCCACUUUGUGAAAGUAAUGUUUAUGUAAUUUCACCUGACGCUGUUAUUUCUAAUCAACUGAUGGAAUCAUUUACUGAUCAGUUUCCUGAAUUAAAUCUUUUACAAAUUUUGAGUGAAUUUUCAUUACCAACGUCAAUAAGCGAAAAGAUUAAUCCUAUAGGUCAACCACAACAGCAACAACAAAUUGUUAAAAUAAUUAUUUGGUUAUUAAAAAAUCGUUUGUUGUUACAAUUACAUACUUAUGUACAAUUAAUGCCAACAGAUGAUGGAAGAGAUCCAAUGAAGACGACAAGUCAAGAUUGCUCGAGUCCAAACGGAGGUACUGAGAACGACAGCAGUUGGAGUUACGAUAAUACACCCAAGGGAAUAUCUGGUGAGAUGAGAAUCGAUAGAUCAAUCACGAUGCCAAAGGACGAAGAGAUCUUCGAAUACCGAUCAGAAAAUUUUCCCAUUUCCUCAGAAGACAUAAUGCUGCUUGACAAGCUUUGCGGGCAAGGUUACUUCGACGGUCGUCAUCAUCUAGAGGAAAUAAUGUAUCUUGAAAAUAUACGUCGGUCUCAGUUACUCGAAAUUCUAGAAAAAUUUCGUAAUAUUUUAAUAAUAUCAAAACAUGAGGAUCCAGCAAUAACUUUAUUUUAUUCCCAGCACGGGUUUUCAUAAAUCAAUAUCACUGUUUUUAUAAUUUUUAUAUUAAUGGCAUUCUCAGACAAUAUUCCCCUUUUUUUAAAUGUUCAAUUAUUUUCAACCGUCUACGGUAUUAACUUUU